AUGCCAAAGUCAGAGCCGCGGGCGGGCAUCCGCGCAAGCACCCGGAAGACCGAGCGUCGCAGUACCGCUUCCGACCCACGAUCCAUCCAAAGACGGGAGCCCGUAAUGCGUUCUCCCCAGCAGCCUCUGCGGUCCCGUCGACGCCCAUCCACGCUGGCACAGGUACCUGGCUCUGCUUCUCGAGACCCUCCUUCUGCCCCAUCGUUGGAGAACCACGAGGCAUGUUUGGCUACCGUCGAAACCCUGGAGCGGGAAAUUAAAGCGUUGGAGGGGGACAAGGAGACCCUGUCGGAGCGCCUUCGAGGCGUCGAGAGUGAGAAGCAGAAACUGGUGAACGACCAGCAUCGGUGGAGACAACAGCUUUCCGAGCGACAGGAAACUCAACAAUUGGUGCUUGAAAUGCAGCAUACCGUCACGGAUUGGCACCAGCGACUUUGGAGCCCUGCUGGUUUACCGGAAAAUGCGGAUCCUGCCGCCUUGAGAACUGCUCUACCGGCAACAACAGCGGCGCCGGAUAUGUGGACUAUACAGGAGGACGGAGGGGUUGCAUUUGACAACAACCAUGACAUUGCACCCGGCUCCGAUGACUUUACGCAGCUUCUUCAAUUCUAG